CUAAAUUAUGGAUCUUAGUUUUAUCAUUUUGUAUACUGUAAAUGAAGAAACGAUCUUAAAUUGAUGAACAGUUUAACUGUGUGAUUUCAACUCGUGUGCAUACAAAGAUAAAACUUAUAGCUCAUUCAUAAAUGAUUUUAGUAUGAAAAUUACUUAUAGGGGGACAUCGCAUUAUUGUGAUUUUGGGUGUACCGUCCGAUGAGUCACAAACGAUCGAGAUGUAAAGAUCAUCAUCGCGCGAGCGACGCGAUUCUGAUAUCCGACGGCCCUACAUAGUUUUCCUGACUGACGUCGGUCUAUUACUCGAGACUACCAUUAAUAAAGACACUCUCACUGGCUACGCACAAUUGGCUUAAAUAAGAAAACCAUCCUUACCCAAUCUUUUGUCUUGAAACAAUCGUUUCGAGACUCGAUCUUGAUCACAUCGAAAUACCUGGUGGCUUCGUCUGUCUUGUUGUCUUGGAAUUUAUGUUGAAUAUCCAAUUCAAUUCAUCCUCUUGUUUGAUGGAAAGAGCAUCACCCACGCCACCGAGGUCAUCGACAACCUUGAUCCAGUUGCAGUCGCCAGGACAGAGAGACCAAGCCACCACCUCCCUCUUCGACUGGCAUGAGCUCCGAACCAUGAUCAGCCUCCUCGGCCAUGCCUUGACGCCCCGGUGGACACCGAAUCACCGGAAGACGCAGAGCAGCAACCUGUACGACUCGUUGGAGCUCAAGGCAGUGGUGAACCAGAUCGACAGGGCCCUGCACGCAGCCCAGCAUGGUUGUUCACCCUACCGGAGCCCGAACCUGCUGAAGAAGUUUUACAGGAAGAAGAGCAAGAAACUGAAGCAGGUUGCAGGACCAGAACCAGAGAACGGGCAUACCUCUUCCAGCCAUGCGGGACAGAGCAGAGGGAUUGUCCCAAAGAUCUGGAAGAAGCUCAAGAGGGCCUUUCGAAGACGACGGUCAGCUUAAACCAGACCUCUGCCGGGGCCCUGAUGCAUGAAGAUCAACAUAAAUUUGCAUCAGUUCUACACACAGAAAAACUACCAACGCACUGAAGAACAUGAGAGGAAAGCAAGUAGAAAUAUACAACCUUGUCCAAACUAUUAACAAACAAGAUGUUUCUCCUUGUACACUGUUGCCAAGGCAUACUACAGGUUGCUGUCCCUUCUUUCUGUGUUUCCCUUCAACUCCUAU